AUGGGUGAUGUGGACAAAGAAAAGGAUAUUGACAGAAAGUCAUAUACAUGGAAAGACCUCCAUUCUGACUUGCACAACUGGGCCAUUUAUGACUCCAAACAACACAUAAUUGUCUUCAAAGAAUUGAAGAUGGAAAACGGAGAGGAUGACUUGGUGUUUGGAGAACUUGAGAAAAACAUCAGCGUGCACGUUAUUGUGAAGGAUAAGAACAAUCGCAAACCCAUGGGACAUCUAAAUAAAUCCCUCAAUUGUUAUGCAAAUUCAGUCCUACAAUGCUUAAAGGCCACUGAAAGUUUUUCGAAGUAUCUUUCUGGAGAUGAUUAUGGGAAAACAUGUCCUGAAGAGGGUGAUUUGUGUGUAUCUUGCUGUUUGCGAAGAUACCUUCUAGAGGACUUACAAAGUUCAACAGCUUUUCUUCCUACUAUGAUUCUUAAUCGUUUGGAAGAUUUAGGUGAUGACUUUAAGAAUAACCGUCUUGGUUCUCAGUUCAGCGCUGAUGAAUUUUUGUGCGCAAUAUUGUCAAAAUUUCCUGCAGAGAAGCACCCCAAAAAUAUAGACAUAUAUGAGCAGCUAUUUUCUGGAACAUUACUAACAGAGCAUGUAUGCGAAUGUGGAUUCAAAAAGGCAGGCGAAACUAGAGAUUUCCAGAUGUUGGAAAUUCCUAUCAAGCUUGAGGAUCAAGUUGGCUUCAAAAGCUUAAAAGAAUGCAUGGAUGCGUUCACUAUGAAAAAACCAUUGAAUUCUCGAUGUGAAGGAUGCUCACUCCACAAAAAGAGUGAGGAAACUCGAAUCGUGGCUUGUCCAGAAAUAUUGAUCAUAUGUCUUGGUCGACCUGUUGGUACUGGUGAAGGUUCUACUAAGCUCGUACAUGAUGUUGACUGCCCCAUGGAUUUCGACUUUUCACCUUAUGUGAGUGCUAAUGGAGGAGUCGAACAAAAGUAUGACUUAUAUGGAGUCAUUCAUCAUAGGCAGUAUGGCCCAAAAGGUGGGCACUAUUGGUGCUUCACCAAGUAUAAUGGAGAAUGGUACGAGAUCAAUGACGAACGGGUUACAUCUAUCACUAAGGAGGGUGUAGAAAAGAAAACAAAGAAAGUUAUAUCUUUUUCUAUAAAAGGAAAAUGGGAGAACAUUCUGAACCACAUGGCGAGCGUGCAACUGAAGACGACAUCCCAAGACGGACGGACGCUGAUCCCUUACUUUUCAGGCCCCCACCUGAUGAAGGUAUGGUCCCAAAGGUUGAAAUAUCUUAAUUAUGGAUAG